AUGGCGAGAUGGUGCAGCGCUCGUUCGGGCAUGCAAGUAAAAAUCAGAGGAAGCCAUAAACCGUCAAGAGUAAAGAAGAUCAACAGCAUUUGGAGAAAUUGCUCAUCAAAAACACACAGAGAGAAAAUGCGACGGGGAUAUUGUGAUGAAAGGGCACCUCCGACCUACAGAAAGACAGUACAGUUGCAUCUAAGUAAACUGGGAUUCUUUCUCACCGUCUUGGGCAAUGGAACGAUUCACGGAGUUAACUACACGUACUGCCAACAAAAUGACAGAUGUAAGUACCGUAAAUCCUUUAUUAAGCCCCCCGGGGGCUUAUUUUUUCCAAGCACUUUUGAGGGGGGGCUUAAAAGAGGGGGGGGGCUUAUUUAAUUUAGCGAAACGCAUCACCUGUAGCAAAAAUACCGUGGUAUGAGACAGAGUAGACUUACGCGUUGUACAAUUAAAGUCACUGUCAAAAGUAUUUAAUUCACUUGUGGGAGCCUAAAAGUAGCAAAAACAAAAUUCUUAUUCUUUAAAAAUGUGCUUUCGGCCUCAUGUUCUUCGGUAAUUUUUAUGAAUAAACCAUAACUGACCAGUCCACAUUAAUCGUUAAUUUUUUUGUGAAUAAUAAGGAUUGGGGGAGGGGGAGGGGGGAUUAAUAGAGAGGGGGGCUUAUUAGCUCUCCUCCUAUGAAAAGGGGGGGCUUAUUAGAGGGGGGCUUAAUAGAGGAUUUACGGUAGGUCUCUGGUGUGGCUAACCUUCGAAUACCAGCCCGUCUUUUCUGGCCUCAUAGAGAGGAGAAGUCGUUACCUCACGUUACCAAGGUAGCAAAAUUUCUGGAUGACAGCAAUGGCGAAAACGUCACUUCAGACUGUUUCAAAAUUCAUCGUUCUUAUUCAAUUUCAUUUAAUUUGUCAAAUGUUGGCAAAAUUUUCUGGGUUUGCAUCUGAAAGUAUCUAAGUUUAGAGAAAGAAAAAGAAAACUUUUGUGUUGUGUUCACUUACUCCACGAAACGGGCGCGUAAAAUUGGGAAGUUUCAUGAAGCAGUCGUGCAACAACGGCUAAGAAAUGUACAAAAAAGCGUGCAAAGUUGUUGUUUUGCUAAGAUAAACCUAUUGCUUUUUUGCUGUUUUCUUUGUUGUCGCUGUCUAUUGUUGUGAUCCAGAAAUUUUGCUACCAUGGUAACGUGACGUCACACUUCUCUAUAUUCUAGCGGCGAUGAGCGAGGAAAGACAGCUGUAUUCGCGGGCUAUGCAGGGGUGGACGUAAGGGGAGGGUGCAGGGGGUACGCCCCCCGAGAUAACCUGCGGUUUUCUAAUACAACUGGUAUUCUGCAAAAAAAAAAACUAUGUGGUUUAUUGGUGUUGAGGUAGAGCAAGAGACGAGUGCACCCCCUCCUAAAAAAAAUCCUGGAUCCGCCUUGCUAUGGUGUGUCAAGAUAGGCAGUUACUAGUUGUAGAAAUUUAAGGUAAAUACAUGGGAGCUUACGAAAUAACGACUGAAAAUGGCAGUUUAGAAGGCACUAAUAGAACAAAUACGCGUUCUUUUAAUCUUUAUCGUGAUCAAUCCUACUCACUGAAUUUGUUAAACGCAGACAAAUUUUCCGGGGUUGAAUUCCAAGGAGUCGCAUCCAAGUUCAAAAAUGGAAAGGAAAACACUCGUUGUAGAGUUCUUACGCCCUCCAUGAAAAGACUAUUGGGACCUUUUUUGUGCCUUUUUAUAAAAGACUGACAACUGAUUUUCUUGCAGGUAAAUUUGAGCUUCAGGCCUGUGACACGAGCGUAGUAAGAAUAAAGCACCAACAGACAGGACUGUAUGUGGCCAUGCACAAGGGCGGCAAAGUCUACACCACCCUGGUAAGUAGUCAUUUUUGUUACAUGACUGUAAAUUCAGCUAGACCGGCUUACCAUUUCCAAUUCGCAGAGUGUUUGGAUUUCACGAUUGAACUUUCCUAGUUGUUCUGAAAAUACAACAUGAAAAAACACCCCAUACUUACUUUCUUUGCCUUGUGAGGCCCGUUGACUUACAGCGGUCUUGCACUCCGACUUGCUCAGGUAUCCCGUUAGGCGGGGACCAUUUGCAGGGGACCAGGUUCGAUUAGUGGAUUAUUUUGGCCUUCUGGUGUGCCCUCCUUCACGCGUUACUCCGUAUAGCCGUUGCACUCCGGCUCUGUUAAGUAUCCUUUACAGUCGUUCGAACAUUGCACGGACCAAUUUUGCACCAUGAGGUCCAUGGCUGAGGGCACCUGAAAAAAAAAAAAACAUGAAAAACCCCUAAAGAUUGUUCUCAACCUUGGUAAAAGAAUUACAUUUGAAAUGCAAAGUUUAAACUUUGUAUUUCAAAUGUAAUUAAACAAGGUUUAAUCAUGUCUUCGUUGUUUACCCAACAGAAGCACUUUCAGUCAAGUACAUUGUUUAUUCAAGAAAUGACGCACACUGGCUGGAUGGUGUUCAAAUCCGAAAGAGCAUACAGAAAAGGAAAAUGCAUGUUUCUCGCGUUAAGGAAAAAUGGGGACGCUAAAAGAUCUGCGCUAUCGAACAAAUACUCACAGUUCAUGGAGCUCUAG